AUGAGCGCCACCUCGCCGCUGGAGCCAUUCGGCUCUCCCAAAUCCACCAACAGCGACGAGAGCAGCAGCAGCACUUUCGACGAGGCCGCCAGCACCGCCGCCUCCAGCACAACAUGCGCCGACGACACGUCAGCAACCUCCGCGACCCCUCCCUCGUCCGAAUUCGACAGCGCGACGCACAACUCCCUCAAGCGCAAACGCCGCUCCUCCUCCGCGCACCUCGACGACGACGACGACGACGCCGACGCCGCCGCGCUCCAGACCACGCCCUUCCUAUCCCGCGCCCUCCACGUCCUCAGCACCGAAGCCGCGGCCCUCGCCCACAUCACGCGCCUCUACACCACCUCCCCCGCGGCGCAGGCGUCGCUCCUCGCCGCGGUGCGCAUCGUCGCGCGCGCGCACCGCCGCGGCGGCAAGCUCGUCGUCUGCGGCGUCGGCAAGAGCGGGCUCGUCGGCCGCAAGACGGUCGCGACGCUCAAGUCGCUCGGCGUCGGCGCGUCGUUCCUGCACGCGGCCGAGGCGGUGCACGGCGACCUCGGCGACGUGCGGCCCGGCGCGGACGCCGUCAUGUUUGUCAGCUACAGCGGGAGGACGGCGGAGCUGCUGAAUGUGUUGCCGCACGUGCCGGCGGGGGUGCCGGUGGUGGCGCUGACGGCGUGGGAGGAGGGGGAGAGGGGGUGUCCGCUGUUGGCGGGGAGGGAGGAGGCGGUGUUGUUGCCGGCGCCGGUGCAUGAGAGUGAGGAGAGGAGUUUUGGGGUGGCGGCGCCGACGACGAGCACGACGGUGGCCAUGGCUGUGGGCGACAUGUUGGCGCUGACGGCGGCGGAGAGGAUACAUGAGGGGGAGAAGGGCCGCGUUUUCAAGCGGAAUCAUCCUGGGGGAGCGAUUGGCGCGAGGACGUUGGAAGAGGAGGUGACGACCAUCGUGGAGAUGGCGACGACGAAGACGAAGAAGGUCUGCAGAGCCGGUGGUGUUGUGUGCUGA